UCUCGGCCGCGCCGCCAUCUUUGUCGGCUGCCCAUUGUUCGCUCUGGAGCUUCCCUCGGCGGCGGCGACGGCGUAUCGGUUCAUACUGCGCCACAAAAACAAAAUACAAGAAAAAACAAGCGGUCGGUGUCCCAGGCAGCUGCCCGCGACGGUCGUGGAUUAGCACCCCGCGGUUGCGACUCGUUCUCGGACAGCAAGUUGAACCAGGAUGGACGAUGACCAGCCCAAAACCCUGUAUGUGGGGAACCUGUCGCGGGAUGUGACGGAAGCACUCAUCCUGGAGCUGUUUGGCCAGAUCGGACCCUGCAAGAGCUGUAAAAUGAUCGUGGAUGUGAGUUCAACAGCAGGUCACGAUCCGUACUGCUUUGUGGAAUUCUAUGAGCAUAGACACGCCAUGGCCACCAUUGCGGCUAUGAACGGUCGGAAAAUUCUGGGUAAGGAAGUCAAGGUCAACUGGGCAACAACGCCGACCAGCCAAAAGAAGGACACCAGCAGUCACUUCCACGUCUUUGUCGGAGACCUAAGUCCUGAAAUCACCACAGAUGACAUAAAAGCCGCGUUUGGCCCUUUUGGGAAAAUAUCCGAUUGUCGGGUGGUGAAAGACAUGGCCACCGGCAAGUCCAAAGGCUACGGCUUUGUGUCUUUCUUCAACAAAUGGGACGCAGAGAACGCCAUCCAGCAGAUGGGAGGCCAGUGGCUGGGAGGCCGGCAGAUCAGGACCAACUGGGCAACACGGAAGCCCACGCCCAAAACUACCAAUGAAACAAGCAACACAAAGCAGCUGUCUUUCGACGAGGUGGUGAACCAGUCCAGUCCCAGCAACUGCACUGUCUACUGCGGAGGCGUCACGGCAGGUCUCACAGAGCAAAUUAUGAGACAAACCUUCUCGCCUUUUGGCCAAAUCAUGGAGAUCCGUGUUUUCCCUGACAAAGGCUACUCCUUUGUGAGGUUCAACUCCCACGAGGCGGCCGCCCACGCCAUCGUGUCCGUCAAUGCCACAUCGGUGGAAGGCUUCGUGGUCAAGUGCUACUGGGGCAAAGAAACCACCGACAUGGUCAGCCCCAUACAGCAGGUGCAGAUGCCUCAGAACACGGUGAGCUUUGCAGCGCAGCCCUACAGCCAGUGGGGGCAGUGGUACGGCAACACGCAGCAGAUCGGUCAGUACGUGCCCAAUGGGUGGCAGGUGCCCAGCUACGGCGUCUACGGGCAGACCUGGGAUCAGCAGUGCUACAAUCCUCUUCCUUCCGGCGCCGGAUGGACCGGUGUUGGCACCGUGAGCAACGGAGGCAUGGUGGAGCCCGGGCAAGGGGUCAACGGCACCGUGCUGGCCAACCAGGCCGGCUACCAUACCCACUGAUCAGCCCCUCCCUCUGGGGGCGAAGCCAACCUGGGUGACACUCUGCUGGGGGGGCGGUGUAGCACGUGUGCUCGCUCUCUGUUUGUCAACACAUUAUUCUCCUUAAGGACACUGGUCGGGAACGUUACCAUUAGCUUACCGGCCCACACGCUCAUUAUCACCCUCUCCCCGCCCUUCCUCCAUUUUUCUCUCUCCCCCCCACCUGCAAAGUGUCCCAUCACCGGCCAAAUGUAAAUGACAUGACAAGUCCAGAUAGUUUAGUUUAGUCAACAAAACAAGAAAAAAAAAGAAAAAGAUGGUGUUGAAAUCACCAGGUUUCAUUUGCAGGAGCCAAAGAGUUCACUCGACAAGGCGUGAGCUUGGUUCUCCUUCUCCCACUCGGUGGGGUGGUAUUUUUAGUCCAAGGAUGUUCUCAGGGUGUGGAGUCAUUCUGUGAAAUGUAGGCUAUCACUGAGAUAAGAGGAGUACAUUUCAACGCUCCGUCACCGACCCCGGCAGAACGGAGCGAGUGGACGGACCGUGCCCAGUCCACCCUUUGUGUGUGUGUGUGUGCGCGCGUGUGCAUGGACUGAUGAUGCGUUUACACACAAUUCCACUUCAUCUAGCAACCCCCCUCCCCCUUUAAUCACAAAGGACUAUACGCAUUUUCAUUUUUGCUUUUUUUUUGCAACAGUUAUGUAGACAAAUUGUCUUUUUUUUUUUUUCACAAUGCUGACCUGUACAAAGAGCUUUUGCCUUUUUUGCUUUCAUUUCGGGAGGGGGGGCUGUCUCUGAAAAGAAACGUUGCAGUGACAAAUGAAGACCUUUUUAUGUUUGUUGAUAAAGCAUUGAGUGGC